AUGUCCCAUCCCCCCUCUGCCAGACUCGCAAAGCUAGACGCCCACCUUCGACCCAUCGCCUCGUCCUCGUCGUCUUCCCUUCCUUCCACCACAACAUCAGCACACACCGUCUCCGCCUUGGCCUCCACCUCGUCACCCGCGACUGCCCGCAACAUGGCCAGCGAAUACUCCACCGCACCCGUAUUCCAGAUCGUCCCCGGCGUCCAGUGCUACGACUGGGGCAUCAAGGGUUCCACCUCGCGCGUCGCCCAGUAUGCCCUAGCUACGCACCAGCUCAACUUCCAGCCCAGCGACGACAAGCCAUGCGCAGAGCUAUGGAUGGGAACCCACCCUUCGCUUCCCUCGCGCCUCGUCUCGCCAGCGUCGUCGUCGUCGUCUUCGGCAGGCUCGGACGAGGCGCCCACCCUCUCGUCGCACCUCGAGGCCCACCCGGACCUCAUCGGCGAUGCCGUCGCGCGCAAGUUCAGCGACGAGGAGCCCGGCUGCCUUCCCUUCCUCUUCAAGGUGCUCAGCGUCGGAAAGGCCCUCUCGAUCCAGGCCCACCCGGACAAGAAACUCGGAAAGCGGCUCCACCAGCAGAGACCCGACGUCUACAAGGACCCCAACCACAAGCCCGAGAUGGCCAUCGCCCUGACGCCCUUUUCCGGCUUCUGCGGCUUCCGCCCGCUCGCCGAGAUUGGCGGCUUCAUCGACACGGUGCCCGAGUUCGCCCAGCUCUGCUCGCUCGGCCAGUCGCAGCUCGAGGAGCUGCACGAUCUGAUCCAGUCCGAGGCGGACGCAUCGUCUGCGUCGGUCAAGUCGAUGCUGCGCACCAUCUUCUCGAACCUGAUGCGCGCACCAGCAUCGACGUACGAGGCGCUCUGCGACGCCACCUCGCGUCGCUUCUCGUCGUCGUCGUCGGCGGGCGUACCGCAAGAGGAGCGGGCGCUGCUGCUCAAGCUCAACGAGCAGUACCCGCACGACAUCGGCAUCUUCUGCACCUUUCUCCUCAACAUCAACCGCCUCGAGGCCGGGCAGGCCAUGUUCCUCCAGGCCAACGAGCCGCAUGCCUACCUCGAGGGCGAGAUCCUCGAGUGCAUGGCCGCCAGCGACAACGUCGUCCGCGCCGGCCUCACGCCCAAGCUGCGCGACGUCGACACCCUCAUCGACAUGUGCACCUACACGUCCGGAAAGGCGCUCGGCAUGCUCGACGCCACCGACUGGAAGUGCAAGCGCGACGGCGGCGACGGCGAGGCCAAGCUCUUUUCGCCCCCCAUCGACGAGUUUGAUCUCGUCGUCUCGUCUCUCCCGCGCGGUGGAAAGCAGGAGCAGGGAGCGGUACAGGGUCCCAGUAUCCUGCUCGGCCUCGAGGGUGAGGUCAGGCUCCGGUGGCAGCAGGGUGAGGAGCUGACAUUGGGGGCUGGCACAGUUGUUUUUGUAGCGGCCGGGUGCGACCUCGCCUUCGAGGCAGGGCAGGACCAGGACGCACGGUGGGCGCGCGCCUUUGUCCAGCCGUAG